ACUUUCAGCGCCACUGGGAAGCGAAAUCUCGCAAUCGGCCAUGGAGAGCUCUCCUUGCCCGCCAUGCAUGGAGCCGCCCAAUAUGGGCGCAGAGAUCAGCACAUGGGACCUGCUGAAGGCCAUCAGCGCGUUUCACGAUUCCUUAGCUGUCCAGCUUUCUGACUUGGCAGCACAGGUGAAGCAGAUCCAUAACAACGCACCACCAACCAUGCUGAUCCGUCGACCUUCGAAUUCGUCAGAGCGCUCGUGCAGCUCCCAAUUGAAAGCCCCACCGCGGACAUCGAGAUCCGCUAGAAGUCAAAAGUCACCAGAGGGAGGAGUGCAGAAUAUCUACUCUCCAAGUCAGAGCUUGGCCAUCCAAGCUUUGCACAUGGACAUGCCACAUCCUUUGCUCCUCAACAAGGCUAGCAAAGCACCGGUGACCAAGGGCCACUCCGGCCCUCCCGCUAUGCCCAGCUUGGUGCUGGUAGGCCACGAUUGCAAGCGCGAGAAAAAGAAACGUGCCACUGUUGACAGCCAGAGCGCGUCCCACAUGGAGCUACCUGGAGCAAUGAUGCCAGUGCUCCCGAACCCCAGCGUCACUCUUGAGUCUGGCUUUGCCCGGGAAGUCUCGAAACAAUCCCUUCCAGUUCCGAAUUCAGAGCAGCCGGCAGAUUCAAUGCCCAUGCCCUCGGGCAAUUCCGUUCGGAGUGAUGGUCCCCGCCAUGGGCGCAGCAGUUCAGAGCGAUCCUGGGCACGCCUGGGGCCUGUAGGAGCUGACUUUGAGUCUGAGGAUAUGAUGGAGCAGCCCAGCUUUGUGGACGACCCCUCGCAGUCCCCGCGGCCCAGCUCGCACGUCUCCUUGCAGUCCCCGCAGCCCAGUGCGGGCCCAGGGCGCUCAGCUAGCAAUCCCGUGAUCAUUCAUCAGGAGCAGCCCCCUCCAAGAUCCAACGAGGUGGCAGGCCCCAACGCCUCCGCCAAACGUGAGCAACUUGAGCGAAAACAAUCGGUGAGCUUUUUGGAGAAGGAAACCCCGGGCCUGGCCGUGUCCAAUAAAGCCUCCUUGCCAAGCUCCGCUGGGAGCAGACGGAAAUCAGCGGAACUCUCCAGAGCCGUCUCCACGGGAAACCUCACAGAAGUCUUCAAGGUCAAGGAGAAGGAACUCACAGCGGAUCUUCAAUCUCCGGGUGGUCAGAGGGUCAACAGCAAGAAAAUACCGACAGAGAGUAUACGAGAAGCACCGUCGCCCUUGGAACAGGUCGAACUGUCUUCAGUUCAGUCAAGUACUGACAGCGAAGAAGAGCAGGAAACUGAGAAAGCAAGCGCAGAUGACCAGCUAACCGUAUCCAGAAGCAACCGAUGGUGGCUGAAACUGAACUUCCUCAGCAACUUCUUGGUGCUGCACGCAUCAAAAGCAUUGGGUCUCAUCCCCAUGUUUGGAUUUGAAACUGAUGGCGAGCACUUGGGGUGGCGCUGGUGGAAGAGACGCAGUUACGAAACCCUGUCGCGGCUUUACCAUUGGUUUAUCCUGGUCUUCCUGCUCCUUGGCGUCAUCAGCUUGGCCAUGGACCUGAACUUCUGCCAUUUGAAGGCCAAUGAAGCGGAGAAGCUCUGCAUUGGGCUUGAGGCACACAAUCAGUAUCCUCCACUGGCAGUGGACCUAACUCUCUUUUUGGCUGCAGCGGUGGUCCUGUUCAGCUGGGGCGGAGCCUUGAAAUACAAGGAGAUGACUGAACUCAUCUAUCACAGCACAGCAGACUUGUCUUCCUAUUGUGAACACAACUCUCUAGACCAAGCCUGGAAGAUUUGGAGCAGUUCGGAUGCGGUUUGGUCGCUUCUGCUGUGGCUUUUGCUGGUCGUGAUGCGCACCGGCAUCAUCCUGCAGCACAGGGCACUGGGCUCCUCAGGAUAUGUGUCUGACUUCCUCGACAGUCCGCCAGCUGUGAUGUGGAGCCUGGCGGUGCGGGCCUUGUGUUUCCUCGUCAGCAGCUCUGUGCUGGUGGUGGCAAGUUUUUGGCAGCUGCGGACCUCACAUGCCAUGCUGUUGAUCGUCAAUGCGUGGAGUGCUUCGUUCCUGGGAGGCCACAUGAGCUGCUCCGAGGCCAAACACGAGUGGAGACGCGUCAGCGGCCUCUUCCGCAAGACGUCACGCACCUUUGAGCGUUGCUUUGCUGCCCUGGGUGGAACGAUUGUCAUCAUUAUCUUGGCGGCCCUCUACGACCUGCGGCAGGGAAGGGGUGUGGAGGUGCUCUCGUCCCUCAGCGUGGCCUUCUUCCUUCCCGCCGUGCUGCGGACGCACGCCUCCACCACGACGGCCUGCAAUAGGUUGCCGUCCCUGGUGACCUUGUGCGAAGCGGACACGGAGGAGGAGGAUCAGGAAUACAUCAACCUGGCCAUGUCUUUUGGCGGAAAAAUAUAG